GCCUUUUACCCCUGCGUGACAGCGUAGGAAUCCCCGCGCCCGCCCCAUUCAGCGACACUCCGAUUCCGUCUCUCUCACUGACACAGGAAGAAGCAAGAUGGCGGCGGCUGACGGGGACGACUCCCUGUAUCCCAUCGCCGUGCUCAUCGACGAGCUGCGCAACGAGGACGUGCAGCUCCGUCUAAACAGUAUUAAGAAACUCUCCACUAUCGCUUUGGCACUGGGUGUUGAGAGGACACGUAGUGAGCUUCUUCCCUUCCUGACAGAUACAAUCUAUGAUGAAGAUGAGGUCCUUCUGGCAUUGGCUGAGCAGUUGGGGACCUUCACUUCGCUGGUCGGGGGUCCGGAGUUCGUGCACUGCUUAUUGCCACCCUUAGAGAGCCUGGCGACCGUGGAGGAGACCGUGGUGAGGGACAAAGCUGUGGAAUCUCUGCGGGCAAUUUCCCAUGAGCACUCCCCUUCGGACCUGGAGGCGCACUUUGUGCCCCUGCUGAAGCGCCUGGCCAGUGGGGACUGGUUCACGUCUCGCACAUCUGCUUGCGGCCUGUUCAGCGUCUGCUAUCCUCGGGUCUCCAGUACUGUCAAAGCAGAACUCAGACAACACUUCCGAAAUCUGUGCUCAGAUGACACUCCAAUGGUCAGGCGAGCUGCUGCCUCUAAAUUGGGUGAGUUUGCUAAAGUCCUGGAGCUGGAACACGUGAAAAGUGAAAUUAUCCCCAUGUUCUCCAACCUCGCAUCCGAUGAACAGGAUUCUGUGCGCCUGCUGGCUGUGGAGGCCUGUGUGAACAUUGCCCAGCUUCUGCCCCAGGAAGAGCUGGAGCCACUGGUGAUGCCGACACUGCGUCAGGCAGCCGAGGACAAGUCCUGGCGUGUGCGCUAUAUGGUGGCAGACAAAUUCACAGAGCUCCAGAAAGCAGUCGGACCGGAAAUUACCAAGACAGACUUGGUUCCUGCUUUCCAGAACCUGAUGAAGGACUGUGAGGCGGAGGUGCGAGCUGCUGCCUCCCACAAGGUUAAAGAGUUCUGUGAGAAUCUGUCGGCUGAUUGCCGUGAAAACGUCAUCAUGACCCAAAUACUGCCAUGUGUGAAGGAAUUGGUUUCAGAUGCCAACCAACAUGUGAAAUCUGCCCUGGCCUCUGUCAUUAUGGGUCUGUCUCCUAUCCUGGGGAAGGACAAUACUAUUGAGCAUCUUCUUCCUCUGUUCUUGGCCCAGCUGAAGGAUGAGUGCCCAGAGGUAAGGCUGAACAUCAUUUCCAACCUGGACUGCGUGAACGAGGUCAUCGGGAUCCGGCAGCUCUCCCAGUCGCUCCUGCCUGCCAUUGUGGAGCUGGCGGAGGAUGCAAAGUGGCGUGUGCGUCUGGCGAUCAUCGAGUACAUGCCUCUCCUGGCUGGCCAAUUGGGUGUAGAGUUCUUCGAUGAGAAGCUGAACUCAUUAUGCAUGGCCUGGCUGGUGGAUCAUGUUUAUGCCAUCAGGGAGGCAGCGACGAGCAAUCUGAAGAAGCUAGUGGAGAAGUUUGGUAAAGACUGGGCUCAGGCCACCAUCAUCCCGAAGGUUCUCGCCAUGUCCAAUGACCCCAACUAUCUGCAUCGAAUGACCACAUUGUUCUGUAUCAAUGUUCUGUCAGAGGUCUGCGGACAGGACAUCACUACCAAGCACAUGUUGCCUACAGUUGUGCGGAUGGCAGGCGAUGCCGUGGCCAAUGUGCGCUUCAAUGUGGCAAAGUCUCUGCAGAAGAUCGGACCCACCCUGGAGAACAGUACCUUGAUGAAUGAUGUGAAACCAGUCCUGGAGAAGCUAACUCAAGACCAAGAUGUUGAUGUGAAAUACUUUGCACAAGAAGCACUUACAGUGCUGGCUCUGGCAUGAGAAUACCAAUUUUCAGAAGCCCGCGGUGCCACCGCUACCACUAGGGCAACACUCUUCCCUGCACGACUCCAACUAUCGUUUGUGCUUCUGGCUCUACACCGUAACGAACCCUUGGUUCAGUCCUGCUCAGUGGUGUCGUCUUCUCUCCCACAGCCUCCUGGAUCUCUGCUACCUUCCUAUAGCCCUCAUCAUCAUUACUCAACAACAAAUUAUCGGCUGUGACUUUCAACCCUAAUAUGCUAUUUCAUUGUUCUGAUGGAUACCGAACGGGGAUCGUUUGUUCAUAUGGGUGCUUUGUUUUUAUGACUCGGAAUAAACCAAUUAUAUUGGGGAAGGAAAUUUGGCGGCUUUUUUUAUUUUUGUGAAAUAUCUUUCAGGCCUGUGUUUUUUAUUCCUAUACAAUUCUGUUUAAAUGUUUGGUAAUGGUUGGGCAAUCCUCUAUCAGUCCACCUGGGGCUGUGCUCCUAGGUACUGUAACUCUCUAUCAGAGUGUUGCGUGAGGGGCUGACAAAGGAUUGCCACACUCGUGCAAUUUCGUGGCGCCACCUUCACUCACUACGUUUGGAAUCCGCUGGAAUUUUAAAACACUACAUUUCCAUAUUGUAAUUGUGUACGCGCUACUCUGAUUCUGUCUGGAAAAGUAUAGUAUAUUGCUUUUCUUUAUACAAUCAACAACUUCACCUAUAGCUACAAGCUUUUUUGUUUUCGAUACCUUCAAAAAUGUCAUAAGUUUGGUAAGAUACGUGAGUAUAUACAGAAAUUGCCAUUUACUAGUGUUAUAAACUGCACCAUUGAACUAUUUGAAGUGUAACAGGCUAUUCAUCACCCAAGCUGCCUUGGUUGUAAAAUAAAAAAAAUACAUUUUAAAUUCCUA